GGGAGGGAGUGAGUGAGUGAGUGAGUGAGAGAGUGAGAGCGAGAGAGAGAGAGAGAGAGAGAGUGCCACUCUAAGACGUUCUACUUGUUUGAACCCUGAACUGAAGGCCGGCCAAGCACUGCAAGACCUCCAAAGGUCUUUGUUUGCCAAGGCUUUAAGACUGAGAGUGGCCGAUUCCAGACCGAGAGCGGCCGAUUCCACUAUUCAGUGACAGGUUCCUGGUUUGCAGUCAUGUGUAAAGACUGAAGAGGAUGUGGACGUUCUGAAACACGUUAGCUUAAGAUCCCGUGCUGAAUGCUUGUAAUGCUUGCUGAUUCCGUUGUUGUGACAGACGUAUGCAGAAUUGUUCAAAGUAAUCACCAAACAUCCAGGAAUGAUCCCGUGUGAACGUUGAUUUUGCACUGCUCAGUUGAGAGCUUUCUUCUCAAGUCCUCCCAAGGAAUGCAGCUUCCAGAGUCUCCUCAACGGCGAUCCAGCAAAGGCGUCAAAUAUUCCAACACUGGCAUGCCCCUGUACGACGAGGGGGGACGCCAACAUUACACCACCGAUGAGGAAGCCCAGCAACAGCGCCAAGUGGUCGGAAAAGAGUGCCAGUGGCAAAUGGGCUGCGAACUCGAACAGUGGCGGCGGCUUCUUCGCCAGACAGAAUUCAGCGAGCCAGAACGAGCUGAAGCGCCAGGUGUCGACGUCCGAGAGCAAGAACAAGUGGACAGCCAAUGCAAACAACCAGAACGGGAGCUCGAAGCACUUCUCUCUCACAGGCAUGCCAAUGCCGGAGCCAGACGAGAAGAAGAAGGCGUCAUUGAAGAAAAUGUACUCAAACACCGGCAUGCCACUGCAGUGAAUGUGAUCGGCAUCGAUGGUGAUGAUUGA